UGGCCAGUGGGCCAGCUGUGGCGGAAGAAGUGGGUGGUGGUCGGCGCCUCCUGACCCCCUGCGCUGCGAGGGAGUCCGGUGACAGCAGUCCCUUGGCGGUGGAUUAAAAGAGGACUUGGCGAGAAUUGGUGGCCAGAGCCAGGGGGAGCUAGGCCGAAGAGGAAGCGGAGCUGGGGACUGACCGGCCCCGAGUGGAGAUGAAGAGUCCGCUUUGAUGCAUCCCAGGACUUGCAUCCUUCUUCCUGGAGGCGCCGAGGGCGGCGGGUGUAGGCAACGUUUCUCCUCUUUCUUCUUGCCCUUCUCCCACCUCGUGCGGGUUCUCUUUGCGAGAACUUGUCCUCCUUCCUUUCUUUUGCAAUGUGGAACAGUGACAGGGCAAUAGCCGCUCCGGACACGCUUCGGCCCGAGGUGUCCGGCGCAGAUAGAGCCCACGCUGUAGCCGACCAGCUUCUGCCUUCUCCCUCCUUAUCCUCUACCUCCGCCCAGCCGGUGCCACACCUCACCGUCCAAAGCCCGGGGAGUGGCCCUAAGAUCCAAGUGUCCAUCAUUCUUCCUGUUCACAAUGCUGAGUGCUGGUUGGAUGACUGUUUACAGUCUGUUUCGGAACAAGACUUUGAAGGAACCUUGGAGCUUUCUAUCUUUAAUGAUGCCAGUAAGGACAAGUCAAUGAAUAUAAUUAAUAAAUGGAAGAUUAGGUUAGAAACUUUAGGCAUCAGAGUAAUCAUUGGAGGUCAUGAUUCUCCUUCUCCCCGAGGAGUUGGAUUUUCUAAAAAUCAAGCAAUAGCACAGAGUUCUGGGUCUUACCUUUGUUUUUUGGAUUCGGAUGAUGUGAUGAUGCCUCAGAGGGUAAGAUUGCAAUACAGAGCUGCAAUUCAAUAUCCAAACAGUAUCAUAGGGUGCCAAGUGAAGAGAGAACCUCCAAACUCAACUGAGCGCUAUACUCGUUGGAUCAAUAAUCUCACAUCUAAGCAACUUAUCACUCAGGUGUUUACUUCUUAUGGACCAACAGUGAUCAUGCCUACCUGGUUCUGCUCCCAAGAAUGGUUUUCCCAAGUUGGAAAAUUUGAUGAGAGUGGUAAGGGUGUGCCUGAGGACUUGUUAUUCUUUUAUCAUCAUCUCCGAAAGGGUGGUGGAGUCUUUCUGGUUGAACAGUGCCUUCUCCUUUAUCGAUACCAUCCAUAUGCAGCAACACACUCUGUCCUAGAAAGUACCAUCUGGCAACACCGAGUCCAGUUCCUAGAAGAAAGGGUUCUUCAGCACUGGACAACAUUUACUAUCUGGAAUGCUGGCAAACAGGGAAGAAAACUCUAUAGAAGCUUAUCCCCAGUAAAUCAAAAAAAGGUUGUUGCAUUCUGUGAUGUUGAUGAAAACAAGAUCAAGAAAGGCUUCUACUCUUAUGAAGACUCUAAGGAAAAACCCAAACCAAAGAUUCCAAUACGGCAUUUCAAGGAUGCUGACCCUCCUUUUGUGAUUUGUGUAAAGCUGGAUCUUACAGGUGGGACAUUUGAAGAAAACUUGGAGUCGCUGAAUCUGCAGGAAGGCCUAGAUUAUCUUCAUUUCAGUUGACCUCGUCAUUAUAUUUUUGUAUUAAAAGCUACCAAGAUCCAGCUAAAAGGGGUCCUAGAAAAUGGAAUUGGUCCAGCCCUAGGGAGGGCUAGGCAGGGAGCAAGAUGGAACUAUACUUCAAACCCAGCAGCAGAGCUAACAGUGACAUUUUGGAACUACCUCACAUGUGCAAUUUUAGCAGGCACAAUCUGAAUGACAAAUCAACUUCACCCUAUCCUCUUUGUGGCUGCAAGUGGAGAGAGCGAGAGCCUCGGGUGCACUAGGCAGCCACUUCUUACUGUGAGGACAUCAAUAAAUGUUGAACUAAAAUA